UCAAUGAACGAGCUACAGAGACACAUUUCCGACCCCGAGAACUAACACAACAGCAUGUCGUACUUGGAAAUCCGGCGUUUUAUAAGAGACCCUGCAAUCCUUCAUCUCUCAGUUCCAGUCGUCGACGUCCUCGUCUCCCCAGUGUUUGACACCUCGCGAUGUUUUUUGGCACUUCCGCUCUCCCAGGGCACAUCACCCUUGAUGCUGCCGGGCUUGUAGCACUAGCCGAUCUUUCUGCUGUCGCUCUGAGGACAGCUUUCAUGGGGACGGCUUCCUACCUCGACAUUCUCGUCCUUGCACCAGGAAUGCACACCCAACAAUCCGCCGACGACGUCAAUCGCGGCGAGUUCCCCACGACUGGCUCGAUGACCACCGGAAAUAUCUUCCGUAUCGAAAACCCAGCCACAGUCAGGUACCUCCAGAACAUCAGUUGCACCGGAUGCCUUGUCAAUGUCAAGGUAUCUCCAAAACCUCGUUCCCGCCAUACGUUCAGAAUCCCUCUUUUAGGGAUUGACCUCUCUCCCAUCUUCAUCGCCGGAACUCGCGCAGCACUGCUGUACCUCCUCUGUCCGGUAUUGACCAUUGUCGUCUUCGCGCUCCUUGCAGCGAUCAGGGACUGGUGGGGAUUAAUAGUCCUUGGGAUGCUUAUUGUCGCUCGGACGAUCAAUGUCAUCGUUAUAAAGCGGAGGAGCCGGGUGCAUUGGAAGGGGGCAAAAGAAGAAGGGUAUCUGCAUCUGUUCGUGCUCCUUAGUCAGGAUCGCUGGGUCCGGUUGGAGGGGACGAUUAAUAAUCUCAAGAUGGUGACGGCAGGCCAGUGGUUGCGUGAUCAGAGUGCCGAAGAGGCCUUUGCCAUCGGGGUCGCUACGCUAUUGGUGUAUGCAUCUGCGGCUCUGGCAAGUAAUGCAUCGACUGCUGGAAGUUUGCUCAUUGCAUGCUUGUUGUUGUCCUCGGUUGCUUUGUUGGCUGUGUGCAAUUACUCGACGAAGUGUUUGCAGAUGUAUGGUUGUGUGGUUGAGAAGGCUAGGGGAACGAGGCAGUACGCGCGGAGAAAGGAGAUGGUGAAGGAACUGAUUCAUGAGAGUGGGAGGAGUGAUUGGGCUAAUGGGAUGGAGCUGGUUACUUCUGAGGAGGUAAAGGAGAUUCUGAUGUCCAUGCCACCGUGUGAUAGUUCAGGGAACUCUAGCCUGUCGAAUCAAUCGAUUUCUACUGGUAUCCCCAAUUGUUAGCUAGGGCAUGUAUUUAUUUUUCUGUAUACUAACCAAUUAUUUCCUCAAUCACAUGGCCAGUUCUUCCUC